AUGGCUACAACACAACGCACCCCUCCUAAAACCACUAGAUCGCCGACGAGUAACAUAAUAAAAUCUCAAACUCGCUCAGAACCUGAUAUUACCACGGCGUGCGACUUUGUCAACAAAAAUCGAUACAAGCGAGCGCGACAUGGCGACUCGCCAGAGGGCGCUACUGUUGAUACUGAUGUGAGUUCGCAGGAGCCAGAAGAGAUCCAAGACAUACUCGAUAAGUGGAAGAAGGAGCAAGAUGCUCGUGUCGCAGAAUUACUGGCAGACCAAAAGAAGUUUAUGGCGCAGCUGUCUUCGGACAUUAGAGAUAUUAAAACCCAAAACAGUAAAAUUCAAGCAUCUAACUCAGAAAUAUGUAAGUCGAAUGUUGGUAUUGUCCAGUCAAUCGAUUUUUUAAAUAAAAAGUUCGAAGAUCUGAAGACGGAGGUGGAAUUAUUGAGGAAAGAGCGCCGUGACCAGCAGACCUAUAUUGAAUGUCUCGAGCAGAGAAUAGUAGAUCUCCAGCACAAGUCAAGAUCAUCUUCCAUAGAACUGCGUAACAUCCCGCAAGCAACUGCUGAAUCUAGCACUACACUAACAAAAACGGUGUGUCAGGCAGGUGCAGCUGUUGGCGUGCACAUAAACGAAUCCGAGCUGCGCGAUAUCUACCGCCUUCCAAUCAAGUCUACUACCUCAACUUCCCCGCGGCCAAUUGUUGCGGAGUUCACUACUGUGCAAACCAAGCAGACUUUACUAUCUGCUGUGCGUGCCUUCAACAAAGGAAGAGUAAAAGACGAUAAAUUGAACACCACAGUCAUGGGUUUGUCCGGUGAUCGUCUUCCGGUGUACAUUUCUGAUCAUCUUCCAGCAUGCACCAAGAAGCUUUUCUUCCAAGCCAGGGAGUACGCUUCCAAAUAUUCUUUCAAGUAUUGCUGGAUCGCAAACGGCAAUAUUUUUUUGCGCAAAAUAGAUGGAGACAAACAGAUCCUUGUUCGCUCAGCAAAGUGCCUUAGCCCACCUGUGAACCAAGUUGCCGUUUUUUGA